CUUCAGCCGGCGAACUCCGGACAAGUCGACUCUGGCAACACGAGUCCUGCUUCAAUCUUCAGAGCCCAAGUGCCUUCGGAAUGUUUGCUGACAUGCCUCGGAGCACAACAUCGAUCCUCCUCGAUACGACCUAACCUCCAUAAGGGACCGUCCAAAACCUCGGGAAAACUCGCGAUUCGGAUCAGAGAACCCAAUGAUGGCUUCCUCGGCGUUCUUGUGCAUGUUGUUCGUUCUGCUACUUAGAUUCGGGCCCGCGAUGUCGUGUUCACCGCCGAAAAACAGCUCGUCGGGCUGCAUCGAGGCGGCAACUUUGACAACGCUGAACAACACACGGCUCCAUACCGGCGAGGAUCCGGACGUGAAGGAGCCCCGGUACCGACCCCUGGAAUAUACGAUCGUUGGGACAGCUUCGAUGGGAAGUAUUUUUGUGAUUGGUGUCCUUGGAAAUGUGAUGGUGGUUCUCGUAGUCCUUCAAACUCGGUCGAUGCACACGCCGACGAACUGCUACUUGGUGUCGCUGUCCUUGGCAGACCUAAUGGUGCUCAUAUCUUCGGUACCGAACGAAAUGAUGGCCCAGUUCAUCCUCGAAGACGAGUGGGUCUGGGGACGAGCCGGAUGCAAACUAUUCAUCUUCACUCAAUACCUGGGAAUAAACGCAUCUGCCCUCUCGAUCACGGCGUUCACGGUCGAACGUUAUAUAGCCAUUUGUCUACCGAUGAAAGCUCAGACUGUGUGCACUGUGAAUAGAGCGAAGAAAAUUAUUCUGUGUGUGUGGCUGUUUGCUCUGUGUUAUUGCGCGCCGUGGCUCUUCUUCCUCACCACCACGACGCCCAUACAUUAUCGAGGGUUUGAGAACUUCUACAAAGAAACGUGCACGUUUUCGUUGGCGCGUUCCUUCUACAUCCAUUUCUUCUUCGCCGACUUCAUACUGUUCUACGUCGUGCCGCUGAUAAUGUCGUGCGUUUUUUACGGACUGAUGGCACGCGUCCUAUUCAAACCUGACAUCGCCUCGGCGACGAAGAUCUGUGGGGACCUCAAAACCAAUAUGAACGGAAACAGCUCAUCGAGGGUUCAGGUGGUAAAAAUGCUCAUCGUGGUUGUCGUGCUUUUCGCGACGUUGUGGCUUCCCUAUCGAGUGCUUCUGGUGUACAAUUCAUUCGCUGAGAAGCCCUAUCUAGAGCUGUGGUACUUAAUGUUGUGUAAAACAUUGAUCUACAUCAACUCGGCGGUCAAUCCGAUCCUCUACAACGCGAUGUCCAUCAAAUUUCGCAGAGCUUUCCGAAGAACGCUAUCUUGUGGUAAGCACACUUCGAAAGGACUGUACUCGCCUUCGAGCAGGUGCGCUAAGCAUAAGGGGAAGCAUUCCUACACCCAGAAAAAUCAUCUCAACCACUGUAGCAGACGGAGCUCGACAUCGAAGCCCGAUAUCUCCUACAAGCCGCCUACGGUCCGUUUUGACACCACGACAACGGUUAUGAAUCCGGAAUCUGCAUCGAGAAAAUCGUCGAAGUACCGUUUGAAAACAAGAAGAGAUACUCGCCAAAUGCUGUAG